ACGAGGGCAAAUUUUGAAUUAUUUUCAAUUAAUCAUAACUAUGAUAUUAUGUGCAAAAAUGAAGUGUAGCAUCACGUAAGAGCAGUGAGUGAAAAGAAUGUUUUAAUUCAUAAAAAGUCUCAUAAUGUGUGAAAAGUUGUACGACUGUUUACCUCGGACAUGUGUGAAUUUAUGUUUGUUGAUGACUUUUGUGUUAUGGAUUUGUUUUGUGCCGGUGCUGUCAAAUGGAUUAACUUAUCCUGAUGUCACUGUUAAUACGAGCACGUGCUCGAGUAUACAGUUUCGAUGUGAUGAUGGUCAAUGCAUACCAGCUAGUUGGCGAUGUGAUUCCCGCGCCGACUGCAGUGAUGGAUCGGAUGAACCAAGAGAUUGUGGCACUUCUGGUGAUGCUUGUGGGAGUGGACAAUUCCAAUGCGAGCUGACGAAACAAUGCAUCCCUAUGGGUUGGAGAUGCGAUGGUGAUGUUGACUGCGGACGAUCUGAUCGAUUCGGAGAAGAUACAUCAGAUGAAGAUCCUUUAAAAUGUGGGCACGUAAAUCCAUGCCCAGUAAAUCAAGCACGCUGCGGUGAGACCUUAGAGUGCCGGCCGCUCAGUCUCUUCUGCAAUAACCACAGGGAUUGUCCCGAUGGGAGCGAUGAAUGGGAUCAUUGUCAAAAUAAAACGCAAUGCGAACUACUAAGCUGUGCUUAUGGUUGCCGAACUACGCCGGAAGGUCCAAUGUGUUAUUGUCCAGACGGUCAGCAACCUAAUGGUUCUAGGUGUGUUGAUUUUGACGAAUGUCAAAUUGAUGGCACUUGUGAGCAAACAUGUCAUAAUCUGCCAGGAUCAUACAAUUGUUCGUGCGUUACGGGUUAUACCCAACGAAAUUCAUCAUGCAUAGCUUUGAAUGUCCCAUUAGAUGAAGAGGCUUCUAUCAUAUUUUCAACACAGAAUGAAAUUCGACGAACUUCACUGACGGGGGGUGAUUUGCCUGGAAAUAAUGGCAUUAAGGUUCUUAAUUCGCACGCUUUGGAUUUUUUGCACCGACAAAGGACUGUGUGUUACAUCCACAACAACAUGACAAAGUCGACGCUUGUUUGUGCAGAAGCUGAUAAUUUGAGUCAUCGCCGGUCUAUGCCGGCACCAGCUAUGUUUUCUUCCUUAGAAUCCAUUCACCAACUGGCGAUAGACUGGAUAAGCGGGAAUUGGUAUUUUUUAGAUGAUACUAGAGAGAUGAUAUUUGCUUGUGAUACAAGUCUAAGAUAUUGUACUAUAAUUUUAGAAAUAGAUUUAAGUAAACCAAGAGGCUUAGUAUUGGAUCCAACCACUGGAUUGAUGUUUGUAACAAAAUGGGGACAUAGCCCUCCUACUUUGGAUCGUUGCCUCAUGGACGGUUCUAAUAGAACAACUUUAGUUAAUCAGAAAAUAGUGUAUCCAUAUGGAAUUUCAUUGGAUUUACCUAAGAAGCAUGUAUAUUGGGUCGAUACUUAUUUAGACUCCAUCGAACGUAUAGAUUAUGAUGGUAGCAAUAAGAGAACUGUUAGAAGGGCAGUAAAUUUGUUUUGGGUGACCGUUUUUGAACGUUCCUUAUUUGUUUCCUCGUGGAGAAAUAACAGUAUUAUAAAAAUUGAUAAACACAAUGCUCAGGAUAAUCAACAUAUAGUGAAAAAUAUUGGCAGACCAUAUGUUGUUCAUGUUUUUCACAGGCAACUGCAGCCUGAUGUUUUUCAUCCAUGCCGGUCGAAUAAUGGCGGCUGUUCUCACUUAUGCAUUCCAGCUUGGAAAAAUAAUAUUCCAAUAGCACGAUGUGUAUGUCGACCUGGUUUCCGAUUGAAAACUCAUGGAAAAUGUGUUGUUGCAAAGCAGAGCGCAUUUUUAAUGUUUGGCAAAGACAAACCAGCCAUGAUAAAAGGUAUCAGCAUGUCAGAAAAAGGUAAACAUCCAGAAGUGAUGGUUCCAAUUACGGAUCUUGGUAAACCGAGAAGUAUAGAUUACCACGUAAAAACGCAAUAUAUUUAUUACUCCGAUGUGCAUAGAUAUUUAAUCGAACGUCAAAAGUUAGAAACAACUCAACGAGAAGUUGUUAUUGAUAGUGGCAUAAACAAUUGCGAAGGAAUUGCUAUUGAUUGGUUGAGCAAUAAUUUGUAUUUCACAGAUGAAGCUUUGAAUCAAAUCAGCAUUGCCAAAUUGUCAAAUGUUAAGCAUCGAAAAGUAUUAAUUCAGGACAACAACAUGCACCCAAGAGCUAUUGCUGUGGACCCAAAGAAAGGGUAUAUGUAUUGGGCUGAUUGGUCUACUGGUGCUUUGCAAACAGUAAUUGGACGUAUUCAGAAAGCUUGGAUGGACGGAACGCAUCAGAACGUUUUUAUACAAGAAAACGUUAUAUGGCCGAGCGGACUUACAAUUGAUUAUUUGGCGCAGCAUUUAUACUGGUGUGACUCGAAAUUGAGCCGAAUAGAAAGAAUAUCAUUAGAUGGAACAGGACGUGAAUUACUUUUGAAAGGCCCAAUGAUACGAAAUCCAUACGGCUUGGCUUAUUAUGAAAAUUUCUUAUUUUGGACAGAAUUUGCAAACGGAACUGUACAGAGGUAUCAUCUGGGAAAUAAAACAACGACUGUAUUAGCUGUUGAAAAUCCUCCCUUAUUAGAUAUCAAAAUAUUUGAUAACAUGACACAAAUGGGAUCUAACGAAUGCUCCAAUGAUACGUAUUGUCCAGAAUUGUGUAUACCAACACCGGAGCGCCCAAUCUGCUUGUGUCGAGAUGGUCAUUCUCUAAAUGCCUUGGGAACUACCUGCAUAGAGCAGAAAAAUUACACAGUCAAACCUAGAUGCGCUCCUGGACAGUUUCAGUGUGUCAAAAAUCACAACUGCAUUGACCAGAGACAUGUAUGCGAUGGCGAUCAGGAUUGCGGUGACGGAUCUGACGAAGAUAAUUCUAAAGGCGGAGCCUGUGAGAAUUCUACUUGUUUGGCCGAUCAAUUUCGCUGCGACUCUACACGAUGCAUAAAUCAGUAUUGGGUUUGUGAUGGAGAUAAAGACUGUGAUGACGGAUCUGAUGAAGAUCCUGCUUAUUGCCAUAAUAUAACCUGCACUUCUAUGCAGUUUACCUGUAAAAUUACUGGGCGGUGCAUUCCACUUUCCUGGACUUGUGAUUCCGAUCAUGAUUGUGGAAUGGGCGACACUUCAGAUGAGCAUGCUGAUUGCAAAUAUCCUGAGUGUGAUCCGACUGAAUUCGUCUGCGAAAAUAAACAUUGCAUUCCAUUUGAAUAUUACUGUGAUGGCGAUGACGACUGUAAAGAUAAUUCUGACGAAAGAGGCUGCCAAGAAUGGUGCCCGCCGAAACAAAUAUAUUGUGCAGCUGAUUCGACAUGUCUUCCACAUUCCGACAAAUGUGAUGGUGAAAUAGAUUGUUCAGAUGGAUCGGAUGAAGCUAAAUGUAACAAUGGAAAGCAAAAUCCGGAGAAAACGAAAACCAGAAAUGGAACUAGAAAAAAAUAUCCUAUAACGUGCGAGUUGCAUGAAUUUACGUGUUCAAAUCACGAAUGCAUCAGGAAGGAGUUCUACUGCGAUGGCAUUUCCGAUUGUUUAGAUGGAUCUGAUGAAACAAACUGUACACAAACUGAUUAUAAAUCAAAAUCGACACCUGCGCCAGGAAAGAGUCUUCCACCAGUCGCUCAGUGCGAUCACCCAUCACGUUGGUGUGAUGGAAACACAAAAUGCAUUCCUGUUGAAUCACUUUGCGAUGGGAAAACUCAGUGCAUGGAUGGCUCUGAUGAAGAACUGCGUUGUAGCGAAAAGUUAUGUGAUCAUUCUAAUGUAUGCAGUCAUUAUUGCCACAACGCUCCUGAAGGUUUAGUAUGCUCAUGCCCUAAGCAUCUACAUUUACAGGCUGAUGGAAGGACAUGCUCAGAUGCUCAUCCAUGCGAAUCAUGGGGAACUUGUUCACAAAAAUGCAUUCAAAUGAAUCAACAUCACAAAUGUGCUUGUAAUCCAGGCUAUUUACUUCAAAGUGAUGGAUUUACCUGCAAAAGCACAGAUGAAUCAUCACCAAUUGUGAUAUUUAGUAAUCGCCAUGAACUUCGCGGAGUUGAUUUGAAAACAUAUCAGGUCAAAGCUCUAAUUGCUAGUUUAAAAAAUACUAUAGCAUUGGAUUUUUGGCAUAAAAACAACACGAACAUAGUUUUUUGGACUGAUGUUAUAGAUGAUAAAAUAUAUCGUGGAACCUUAAUAGGAGCAUCUUUGAGUAACAUUGAAGUAGUCGUACAGACUGGUUUAGCCACUGCUGAAGGUUUGGCAGUAGAUUGGAUUGGUGAAAACUUGUAUUGGGUAGAAAGCAAUUUGGACCAAAUUGAGGUUUCGAGAUUAAAUGGCAGCUUCAGACGAACUUUGGUCGCUGGCGACAUGGAAAGUCCGAGAGCCAUUGCUCUGGAUCCAAGAUUUGGUUAUAUGUUUUGGUCUGAUUGGGAUAGUACAGCUCCUCGUAUAGAAAGGUGCACUAUGGCCGGAUAUGACAGAACUGUGAUUGUAAAAGUGGAUCAGCUCACCGAUGGAGCAUGGCCCAAUGGUCUCACAUUGGAUUAUGAUCUGAAAAGAGUUUAUUGGAUUGAUGCGCGUUCAGAUUCAAUUCACACGACUACUUAUGAGGGUCGGGAUCAUCAUGAGGUGAUGCGAGAUCGUGAAACUCUGUCGCAUCCAUUUGCGAUUGCUCUGUUUGAGAACCAUGUCUAUUGGACAGACUGGCGAACUAAUUCAGUUAUCAGAGCCAAUAAAUGGAAUGGUUCUGAUGUGUCUAUUAUUCAGAGAACUUUAACUCAGCCUUUCGAUAUUCAGAUACUGCAUCCUAGCAGACAGCCGAGAGAUGUUGAAAAUCCAUGUGGUGUCAAUAACGGUGGAUGUUCACACUUAUGCCUUCUAAAUGGCAACAAUACUUAUAAGUGUGAUUGCCCUCAUGUUAUGAGAUUAGCAAAAGAUGAAAAAAAUUGCAUUGUAAAUGAGCAAGUACUUUUGUUUUCUCGUCCAAAUGAAAUUCGCGGUGUAGACUUGAUGCAACCAAAUUAUCAUACCAUUCCAACCAUAAGUAUUCCGCAAGUAAUUCAGCCAGUUCAAAUAGAAUUUGUUGCAGCAAAAGCUACAUUAUAUUGGUCUGAUACUCAAGUAAAUGAAGUUAAGAGUGCUGGCUUAACUAGAGGACCAACAAAAACCAUCUUAGAUACAGGCAUUGAAAAUCCAACUGGUUUUGCUGUGGACUGGAUCUCAAAUAAUAUGUUUGUAGCAUCAGGGAAUAUAAAUAGUACUAUAUCUGUCUAUAAUCUUGAUGGUGAAUACGGGACAAUAAUUUUACAACAUGAUUUAGACAACAUCAAAGCUUUGGCUUUAGACCCUAUUAGAGGACAUUUAUUCUGGGUGAGGCAGAAGGAUUCAUCAUAUUUCAUAGAAAUGAGUACUAUGGAUGGAAAUAACAGAAGGGCUCUAACUACCCAAGUGGAGGAUCAACUGCUCGUAAAUCCACAAAGUUUGAGUGUAGAUAUCGAGGACCAAAGAUUGUAUUGGGUGGAUAUGGAGGUGGGCCUAAUUCAGUACUACGAUUUUCAAACCAAUUUAGUAAAAGAUGUGCCGCUUGACGCAAAAUCUCAGCCCACAACUGCAACCGUGUACAAAAACUUUUUGUACUAUGCUGAUCAAAAAGACAAUGCAAUUCACAAAUGUGAUAAAACUUCUGGUGGACAACGAGAAGUUGUAAGAAAUAAUACAGGAAACAUAUUAUCCCUAAGGAUAUAUGACCGUGCAAUACAACAUGGUAACAAUAGUUGCUCUGCAAAUAAAGGAGGCUGUGAACAUCUUUGUUUGCCAAUUUCUAGUGGAGAACAUGUCUGUAAAUGUGCAACCGGUUACAAGACAGAUGCAAAUAAUCCUAACAAAUGUAUUGGUAUUGAAGAGUUUAUUUUCUACUCUAUGAAUUGGGAAAUUAAGGGAUUGCCCACUGAUAAUGACUACACUGAUGCUGUUUUAGGACCUAUAUCCAGAGUCUCGAUGGCGUCCAAUGUCGACUUUCAUGCAGAAACAGAUUUUCUAUAUUGGGCGGACAAUGAUCAUGGAACUAUCACCAGAAUUCAUAGAGAUGGUACAGAACGUCAAACAGUCGUGGAACAAUAUGAAUCAUUAGAUAAUAUUCCUGUUGAUUGGAUGUCUGGUAAAGAUCUUCACAAUGAUGUUAUAAUGCGAAUGGACUAUGACGGCCGAAAUGCAGAAAUGUUACUGAAUCAUUCAAUCACUAACCCUAUUGCUUUAACAUUCCUUAAUGAUAGACUGUAUUGGGUAGACACUAAGUGGCCUAAUAUUAAAAAUUUAUUUAAAUAUAUAAUAAAAUACUGCUUUUUCAUAAUAACAAUACAAAGAACAGCUUUAGAUGGUUCUAAUCAAAUUGAUCUUAUCAAUAAUACUAAAGGAAGUAUUUCAGGAUUGACACUCGAUUAUGAUAGACAUAAAUUAUAUUGGUGCGAUAGCACAAAUGAUGUUAUAAUGCGAAUGGACUAUGACGGCCGAAAUGCAGAAAUGUUACUGAAUCAUUCAAUCACUAACCCUAUUGCUUUAACAUUCCUUAAUGAUAGACUGUAUUGGGUAGACACUACCCAUGAUAGAGGCAGCAUAAAGUCUGCACCGAUCACAAAUCUAUCCGAUUACACAACAUUGCUAGGAAGUUCUGGAGAUUCUUUGAAGGAUAUUAAAAUAUUCUCAAAAUCACGUCAAUCUGGAAUGAAUCCAUGUGGCAUAAAGAACGGGGGUUGUGAAGUUCUUUGUCUGUUUAAUGGAACUCACCCAGUAUGCGCUUGUCCUCAUGGCAACGUGGCAGCUGAUGGCAAGUCCUGUAAAGAUUAUGAUAGUUUCCUCAUGUAUUCACGUGUUGUAUUAAUUGACUCCAUUCACGUGACUGAUGAGACUGAUCUAAACUCGCCUUAUCCUACAAUUAAAAAUCGGGAUUUGGUUAGAAAUGUAAUAGGACUUGCUUAUGACUACUCCAGGAGUCGCCUCUUUUAUUCUGAUAUUCAAAAGGGGUCUAUAAAUAGUGUAUUUUUCAAUGGAACAAAUCAUACUACGAUUAUUGACAAGCAAGGAUCUGUAGAAGGUUUGGCAUAUGAACAAUUAACAAACACUUUAUACUGGACAUGCAACAAUGUUGCAACUAUUAGUCAGAUGGAAUUAAAUCAGACUGGAUUAGCCGAUCCAAUUGUUAAGCAUGUCGUAAGAUUGAAGCCAAAUGAUAAGCCUCGUGGAAUUGCCGUAGAUGGAUGCCAAAUGUUAGUGUUUUGGACUAACUGGAAUUCACAGCAACCUUCUAUUCAAAGAGCUUUUACCACUGGAUUUCACCCAGAAAGUAUUAUCACGACUGAUAUUCGAAUGCCUAAUGCGAUCACUUUAGACCACAAAGCUACAAAGUUAUAUUGGGGUGAUGCAAGAUUAGACAAAAUUGAAAGAACUGAUUAUGAUGGCAGCAACAGAAUGGUAAUUGUGCAUUCAACACCACAACAUCCAUUUGCUCUGGCUAUUUACAAUGAAUAUAUAUUCUGGACUGACUGGGUUUUGCAUGCGGUCAUUCGAUGCAACAAGUACACUGGUGAAGAAGUAACAUUCCUAAGAAAAGAUUUACCUAGACCAAUGGGAAUAGUCGCUGUUCAUGGAGAAGGACUAGAUUGUCAAGCAAACCCUUGCUCAAUUCUAAACGGUGGUUGUGAGCACAAAUGUUCUCUGAAUGAGUACGGAUCAGUUUAUUGUUCUUGUUCAGCUGGUUAUAAACUCGGUGCAGAUUCCAAGAGAUGUGUGAAAGCGGAAGUUAAACAAUGUGAACCAUCCAAAUUUCAAUGUACAGAAGGCGAAUGUAUUCCAAUGUCUUUAACUUGUGAUGGAAUCGAUCAUUGCCAAGACGCAUCUGACGAAGAUAGCAAUUAUUGUGCAUUGCGCGUAUGCCCAGAGAAUUUCUUCCAAUGUGGGAACAGGCGAUGUAUUUUAUCAGAAUUAAUGUGUGAUGGACAAGACCAUUGUGGUGAUGGAACCGACGAAACAAAUUGUUCUUGCACAGACAGUACACAUUUUAGAUGUAAAAAUGGAGUUUGUAUUAGCUCCAAGCUCCGAUGCGAUCGUGAUCCAGAUUGUCCAGACGCUUCCGACGAAAUGGGUUGUCCACCAGUAGAUUGCAGUGAUGCCGCUCUUCACGAAUCUCUUAUGAUGGUUGGAGGUGACAGGGUUAUAAGUGCAUUAAUUAAUGCAACAGUUACUUCUUUAUCAACGGCAUCAAUCAGACAGCAAGCGGUACAAUGUCCUCAUACAACGGCUUGUUAUCAUCCGAAUUGGUUAUGUGAUGGUGAAAAUGAUUGUUGGGACUUUUGGGACGAACAGAAUUGUACCGAGGGUCACAUGAGUGCAACGUCUUGUGGUCCUGAUCGUUUCCGCUGCUCUAACGGGCGUUGCAUAUCUACAGAAUGGAAGUGUGAUGAUGAAGAUGACUGUGGGGAUGCAGGUCCUGAUGGCGUCAGCUCUGAUGAAAAGAAUUGUGAGCAUAGGUGCAGAAGCGAUCAGUUCCGUUGUUCGAAUUCCGAAUGCAUCCCAGCUAAGUGGCAAUGUGAUGGAAUGCCCGAUUGCCUGGAUGGUUCUGAUGAAAGCCAGCAUUGUGCCCAUAGAACUUGCGCUCAGUGGGAGUUCCGUUGUAACUCUACAGGAAGCUGCAUACCUUGGUCUUGGGUAUGUGAUGGAGAAAUUGACUGCGUAGGUGGUGCGGAUGAAUAUCUUUCACAAGGCUGUCACAAUAGGCCAAACAUUACUUGUAUGCCUGAUCAGUUUCAAUGUCUCAGCCACGAGUGCAUCGAUCAAAAAUACUAUUGUGAUAAAAACAUUGAUUGUAAAGAUGGUUCCGAUGAACCAAAACAAUGCAUACCAGUAAAGCCUCAGACAAACAUAACCCAAUGCCAUUCUUCUGAAUUUUUAUGCAAGAAUCAAAAAUGUGUCUUAGUAGGAUUUAUUUGCAAUGGUUACAAUGAUUGUGGAGAUAACAGUGAUGAAGAUGCAGCACUGUGUAAAGAGGAACUACUUCCUUGUAAAGGUCCUGAGCUAUUUGAAUGUCCAAAUGGAGUAUGCAUCAAUUCUACACUCUUAUGUAAUGGAGAAAACGAUUGUGGUGAUUUUGGUGAUGAAAUUACUUGCAAUAUAAAUGAGUGCGAAGGUACACCUCCGAUUUGCGCCCAAGAGUGCAUUGAUCUUAAAGUCGGUUAUGAAUGCAAAUGUGGAAAAGGAUUUAAUGUUUCAUCGAGUGACCGGCAUCUCUGUUCUGAUGUUAAUGAAUGUCUAGACAGACCAUGUAGUCAACAUUGCAGAAACACUCAUGGUAGUUAUGUAUGCUCAUGCGGACCUGGCUAUUCUAUGAAAGCAGAUCAUCAUACCUGCAAAGCUAUAUCGACCGUGGAAGCUCGACUGAUAUUUUCCAACAGAUAUUACAUUAGAGAAGUGGAUUUAGCCGGCCAUAAUACAAUAUUAGUUCAUAACUUAACAAAUGUGGUUGCUUUAGAUUUUGAUUGGCAAACUAAGUGUUUAGUAUGGUCGGAUGUAACAACUUUAGGAAGCUCCAUUCAUAAAAAGUGUCCAUCUGAAAAUGGUAUUGAGUAUGGUCCUUCUCAGCUACUCCAUUCUUCAACUCUUCAAAAUCCAGAUGGAUUGGCUGUAGAUUGGGUUGCAAGAAAUCUCUAUUGGUGUGAUAAAGGAUCAGACACCAUUGAAGUUUCAAAACUAGAUGGAAGAUAUCGUAAAGUGUUAAUUAAGAAUGGUUUACAAGAACCUAGAGCUAUUGCAUUAGAUUCACAUGCAGGAUACAUGUACUGGACGGACUGGGGCGAUCUUCCUCAUAUUGGAAAAGCUGGAAUGGAUGGAUCUAAUCAGAGGAUAAUUGUGAAUGAUUCGCUAGGCUGGCCUAAUGCUCUUACCAUCAAUUUUGAAACACAGGAGUUAUUCUGGGCUGAUGCAAGAGAAGAUUACAUUGCUGUUUCAGAUUUUGAAGGAAAUAACAGGAAAAUUAUAGUUAGCAGAGCUAAUGAACCUUCACUCCGCUUGCAUCAUGUGUUUGCAUUAGCAGUUUGGGAGGAUUAUGUUUACUGGACAGACUGGGAAACAAAAUCUAUUGAAAGAUGUCAUAAAUAUAGAGGAGAUCAAUGUAAAAAUAUAACAACUUUAGUGCAUCGUCCUAUGGAUAUUAGAGUUUAUCAUCCGUACCGCCAAAUUACGCCGUCAGAUGAUAAAUGUAGCAAAGCAAACUGUUCUACACUUUGUCUCUUAACGCCAGAGGAACCUGGUUAUAAAUGUGCUUGUCCAGAAGGAUUUGUCCUUGCACCUGAUGGAAAAGCAUGUAAUGCUAAUUGUACUGGGGCACAUUUUGUAUGUGCCAGUACUUACAAAUGUAUACCAUUUUGGUGGAGAUGUGACACUCAGGAUGAUUGCGGUGAUGGCUCAGAUGAACCAGCAACUUGUCCAAACUUUGUAUGCCAUCCCGGUCAAUUCCAAUGUUCAAAUAAUCAUUGCAUACAUCCUUCUCUAUUAUGUGAUGGAAGUGAUCAUUGUGGAGAUGGCAGCGAUGAAAAGGAAUGUGAUAAGUAUACUUGUCUCAGCACACAAUUUAAAUGCAAGGGUAAUGGAACGAUACCCGAUAGAUGUAUUUCUAUGAAAAAACAGUGCGAUGGAGUUCCUGAUUGUUUGUUAGGCGAUGAUGAACACGAUUGCCAAGCUAAAACCUGUUUGCCAACUCAGUUCACUUGUAAGAAUGGAAAAUGCAUUCCUCCAGUUUGGGUUUGCGACGGUGAUAAUGACUGCACAGACGGAUCAGACGAAGAAAUGGAUUGUCAAGAAAGAAGUUGUCCUCCAGAUAGUUUCAGAUGUAAUACAGGACGGUGCAUUCCUCAAUCCUGGCGUUGCGAUGGCGAUUUCGAUUGUGCAGGUGGUGAGGACGAACCUGCAAGUUGCAGCUCACCUGAUCAUCACACUUGUGAACCAACUUAUUUCAAAUGUUCUAAUAAUAAAUGUAUUCCUGGUCGUUGGAGAUGUGAUUACGAAAAUGAUUGCGGCGAUAACAGCGAUGAAGCAGGAUGCCAGCCCAGGAAUUGCUCAGAAAGUGAAUUCAGAUGCCAGAAUGGAAUAUGCGUUAGGGGAUCUCAUCGUUGUGAUGGGGCUUACAACUGCGAAGACCAUUCUGAUGAAAUUGGUUGCAAUACGACUUGCUCAUCUAAUGAAUUCCAAUGCCACAAUCCACCAUUCUGUAUUUAUAAGACAUGGCAAUGCGAUGGUGAUACUGAUUGCGCAGACGGUUCUGACGAAAUUAACUGCAAGGACUCAUGUUUGAGUAAUCAGUUUACGUGCAGGAAUGAUCAGUGCAUAUCGCUCUCUUGGAGAUGCGAUGGUCAGGAUGAUUGUGGUGACGGUUCCGAUGAAGAUUCUUCUUUAUGUGCGGAUUUAGCUUGUGAACCUGGGAAAUACAGAUGCUCAAAUCAUAAAUGUGUGGAGACACAUAAAAUAUGUGAUGGUGUUGAUCAUUGUGGUGAUGGAUCUGAUGAGUUAAAUACAGUUUGUGCUUCUAAACAUGUGUGUCAUCCAACCGAGUUUCGUUGUGUUAAUGGACUUUGUGUUUCAUUAAAACUACAGUGUGAUGGAAACAAUGAUUGUUUUGAUAACAGCGAUGAAGAGUAUUGCACAAAACCACCAUGUCUGUUUGGAACUUGUUCACAAAUUUGUUUGGAGAAAAAAGCUGGAAAUUAUGCUUGCAAAUGUAGCCCUGGUUAUGAAAUGGGAGAAUUAGGAAAAAAUGCGACUUGUCAAGCUACUGGUAAACCGGCAUUGCUUUUGGUAGCAAGUGAUGCUGACCUUCGCACCAUUAAUCCAUAUAAAGCUGGCGAAGAUUCACAUAAUCAACUUUUAGAGAAAACAAAUAAUGCUCCAAGUUACAAGUUGGAGUCAAUAGAUAUUUUGUGGGGAAAACCAGUAUCAUAUAUUUUCUGGACUGACCAUCAUAUGAAGAAAAUUCAAAAAUUGAAAAUGCGAUCUAAUAUUAGUUCUUCUGAUCGUGUAACUAGAAGUUCUGAAUCAAUACAGACAGUGAUGGAAUCUGGGCUGCAAUAUCCCAAUGGUCUAGCAGUUGAUUGGAUAAAUAAAAUGCUUUAUUGGACAGACUCAGUACAUAAUAGUAUUUCAGUUUGCGAUUUGGAUGGAAAGAAAAAGAGAACUCUUAUUGAUAAAUCAUUAGAUUUUCCAAAUGAUAUAGUUUUAGAUCCCUAUCUCAGAGUUAUGAUUUGGUCGACAUUGGGACGUAAUCCAAAUAUUGAAUUAUCAAGCAUGGAUGGUAAUAAGAGAAAAAUGCUUAUCAACAGUAAAAUUUAUUGGCCAACUGGCUUGGCCUUAGAUUAUCCUGCUAAAAGGUUAUAUUGGGCAGAUGCCAAAGGACAAACCAUUGAAAGCAUUACUCUAAGUGGCAGGGAUAGAAAAAUAAUACAUCGUUUUACUGGAGGAGAAAAACCAUUCAAAUUAGAAGUAUUUGAAGAUUAUGUUUACAUAUCAACUUUGACAACAUAUAAUGUGCUGAGAAUAAAUAAAUUUGGGCAUGGUGAUGUUUCAUUUUUAGUUCGUGGAUUGAAUAGAGUGUCCGAUAUAGUAUUGGUUCAGGAACAUAAACAACAAAGCAGCAACGUCACUAACCCAUGUGAUGAAUCUGUCUGCCAUCAAACUGCUAUGUGCCUAUUAAGCACUCAAGAACUUGGACGUACUUGUGUCUGUCCAGACGGGCUAAUAGAGCAGAUAGUUAAUACUGAAGUUCAAUGUAAACCAGGCCGUAAUGCCGUUUUAUGCAACUUGAAAUGUAAUACUGGCGUAUGUCAGCUUCAUGACAAUGUACCUAAAUGUUUAUGCCCACCACAUUAUGAUGGAGAAUUUUGUCAACAUUACAGAUGUUCCCAGUAUUGUCACAAUAAAGGUUUCUGCUACUUCGAUCUAAUGUCAUCUAGUGGUCAAAAUGCGCCGCCAACACCUAAGUGCAAUUGUCCGCCAGAAUGGACUGGUGAACGUUGUGAGAUACCAGCCGACGCUUGCAGAGAUCAUUGCGCUAACGGUGGUACUUGCUAUAUAUCAGCGUUACAUCUGCCUAAAUGUAAUUGCGCACCAGGAUUUAUUGGAGAUAGAUGUGAGCAGUGCACAAGUCUCCAAUGUCAAAACGCUGGCGUUUGUACUUCUGAUGGCACUGGGCAGUUCAUUUGUAAAUGUCCUCAAGGAUACAGUGGAACAUAUUGUCAAAAAUCGGAUUGCGAUGACCACUGCCGAAAUCAUGGUCAAUGUGUAUUAACAAGUAAUGGUCCUGUGUGCCGUUGUCAUAGUGGAUACACCGGCCAAAAGAUGUGAGCAAGAUGCUUGCAAAUAUCACUGUCUGAACAAUGGAAUAUGUCAUCCGAGUCUGAAGCAAAUGACUUGCGAAUGUCCAGACAGAUAUGCAGGCAGGCGGUGCGAGAUCGAUCUGUGCAACCAGGAUCCAGGAA